GCAUGGCUACAUUACUGGGUGUGGCACUAACUUCCUCUGUUCUGUAUUUUGUUACAAACAUUGCUUUCUUAUUUCCUAAUGCUUGCUUCUGCUCAGUCUCUACAUAUUUCCUCAUAUUGUUUAGGUGAAGGGUCCCCAGAUUGCAUUAUUUUCCUGUUCAUUUCCUGUGUCUAACAUUGUUCUUAAACUGUGCCAAGAUUUAAUUCACUUGUCCCAAACAAUCAUCCUCAAGAAUUCAAGUGGAGUUACUUGCUGACUGACUACCUAGCUGUCUUCUGAAGCCAUCUUGGAAGAUCACAACAGGCCCAGAACCAGGCCAGGGUUCCCAGAGAAGAUACAGACAAUGCUGAAACGAGUCAUGUUCUUCUUCUUACUACUUGCUAAUGAAUAUAUAAAACUUGUUGACCUUAGAGGCUGUUCAGUCCCAGUAGAAAGGGUGAAUUAUGUCCUCAAGACUUGUGCAACAUUCCACUUCCACAAAAGCCAGACAUGGAACCUUCCAGAAACUACAGAAAAGACUGUUCCAGGUGGAUGGACUGAACAUGUUAUUGCAUUUACAGUGGCAGAAGGGUGCUUGCUCAUGCUCUGGAAUGGCCAUCAAAAGGCUGGAAUGCCUGUUCUUUUCCAGCAAGGUUUUCACUGGAAUGUCAGAGGUGUAUACACCAAGACCCUUGUUACCCUCUUCUGUAACUGUGAAGCAGAAAAUAACCCUGCUGAAACACAUAACUUUGAAAACUUUAAAAGAAAACACCUGGUAAACCCAGAUAAUUGUAGUGACAGCCAUGACAGACGUUUCUGGACUGAUUUAAUAAAUCACAGAAAACUAACAGAUUAUGUUACGAAUAUCUUUAUCCAUGCUUCUGCCAAGGAAGCAAGCGAGAUUUGCCAUGGGAUUCAUGUAGGUAAAAGACAUAGUGGACGAUUUAAAAGUAGGAAUAAGUUCAAGAUUACUACCGUCAUAAAGGAGACUAAUGGUCUGUAUUCGGCUACCAGUACCAUGCAUCAUGUUGAAGUUGAGUGCAACCCCCGACAUUUACCAGUAAAAUUAGUGAAACCAUCUUAAGAUUUCAUGGUGUUUAAAGGGUCAGAAGAGGCUAACGUCCCAUGCUCACAAACUCUGCAUACAAAGCAGCACAAACCUGACCAUUCCCACAAUCUUCAUUUGUACUUCAUACAGUUUAAGUCUUGUAUAACUCGGAUAUAAUAUUUGCUUGCACAUCUUAAGCAGUUGUUCUUCAUAGACAUCUUGUUGCAAUAGCUUGUGCAUGACCUUUUAAACUGAUGGCCAACUAUUUUAUUAUCACAAUUUGUCAUUAAAAGCAUAUAUAUUAUCCCUGUGCAUACCGCAAGUAAUCACCAUAAUUUCAAGAAUUUAACCAAUUUCUUUUUUUUUUUUAAGUAAAAUACAGACAAGGCGUAUCUCAGCAGCCCAGAUAAUUGGAAUUAUUCAUAUUAUUUCUACUUUGCUGACUGCUUAUUGUGUUGUUCUAAUGUUUUUCUUGUUUUAGUUAUAAAAUGCAAUUUCAUUGUUAUAUGACUUACAUUUUUUUCUUCUUUACCAAUUAUGGUGUUUGACUUUCAGGAGUGUAACGCAAACUGUAAUUCCUUUGACAUAUGCCACAAUUUUAAAAAUAGCUUUAAUGUCAAACUCACACCAUUUGCAAAAACUCUUGAGUAUUGCAAGAUUGUAAUUUUUGCUGAUGACUUUAAAUAAAUAUUGCUUUUAGCUCUGA